AUGAACAAGAGUCAAAUCCAGAAACUGAUUAAAAGCAAGUUAGAUCGUCAAGAAAUGGUUACAUCGGCAAGACAAGAAGAGGAAAAGAAGUUAGCUAGACAGAUGAAAGAGAAAGAUCAAGCAGAGGAACGUCAGAAGCGGGCUGCCUCUCGUGCACCGAAGUCGAAGCCUCAAGAGCCAAUUCAAGUGGAUCAGGCGAAUACGCAAGACGAGAUGGGAGAUCAAGUCUCUCCGCUUGAUGCGCACCAUGGACCUAGUCCCUCACGCAACUAUACGGGGACUCCUCAACGAGGAACCGGGAAGUUCAACACGAAUCCGGGGAGCAAAUCUAUUCUAGAGGCGUUGACUAAGGCGCUAAAUGCGAAAGAUGGCCCGACCACCAGGCGGCUGAUCCAAGCGUUCAAUUCUUCUUUCGGUUCCAGUGUUGAAAUGGAGUAUGACGAGCCGUAUCCAAAACGGGCCCCGGCUCCAGGGGUAGGCCUGUCAAAUCCACGAGUUGACGAUUCGAGUCAGCUGCUGGCUAGCAUCUCAGGAGGGGUGAACCAGAAAGACCAUCCAGCACGCCCCACUCAGGAUAGAGUAGAUGGAGUACUUCAUGAUGCAAAAGGGAGAAACGGACCUGCGUCAUCCUUCAGAGGAAAAAGGAGUGGUGCUAAGAAGCCUUACGUUAAAAAGAAUAAUUAUUAUUCGUACAAUAAGAAUGUGUUUAGAGCUUCCAUAGUUGUAUCCUUUGCAAAGAAAUGUGCCUAA